UUUGCCAAUGACUUGUCAGCUUCGUCGUCGAGGGCCAUCCUGCAAUUACGCAACCCAGGGGGGUCAGAUCUGAUUAUCGCAGCGCAGAGGAAUACUCCACCGCACUACAAUCCCAAAAGUAUCCUGGUAAUACAACAAGCCCCCUGUCUCCACUCCCCAGCCAAAUACCCAACAAAACAACUAUUUCACAGAACCACAGGGACCGAAUCGCAAAACAAAUCCACAGGUUAAAAGCUCCCACCGCCCCACUCCGCCGCACCACCAACCCACCAUCGCCAGCACAAUGGCUGCAGCUGCCCCCGACGCCCCUCAGGAAUCCGACGCCGCCGGAGGCUGCGACAGCGCCUGCUCCACGCCGUUCGUGAGUGCGCCGUCCAGUCCCACCCGGGACCCCUUCCCCGCCCACGGCGCCUGCUUCUUCAGCGCCCCGGCGAGCCCCACCCGCGGCGGCGGGAGCGGCAAGGACUUCGCCGGCUGCCUCGACUUCGACUUCGACUUCUCGUCGCGCUUCCCCUCUCCAUCCGCCGCGGCAAUGUCGUCCGCGGACGAGCUCUUCCAUAACGGCCAGAUCCGCCCCGUCCGCCUCGCCGCCGCGCUGCUCUAUCCCCAGCCUGAGCCCGCGCUUCUCGGCGCCACGGCUGAUGCGACGAUGGAGGAUGGUCUCGACGCGGCUCUGGACGAGCGCGGGCGCGUCCGGACCCGGUCGGUGCGGCGAAAGGCGCGGUCUUUGUCCCCGUUCCGCGCACACUGGACGUCACCUUCCCCCGCUCCGCCGGCGCAGGAGUCCGAGUCCGCCGACGAUCCGGCCAUGGCGACCCCUACGGCGUCGCGCUCGUCCUCGUCCUCGUCCACCGCCUCGUCGUCCUCGUCCUCGUCGAGAGGCUCUCGCCGGUGGGGUGGGUUCUUGAAGGACCUUCUUCACCGGAGCAAGUCCGACGGCGGCAAGAAUCACCACUCUCAACAUUCUACCGCCCCAGCUCCGCCCUCUCCCGCCGCUGCGCCGAAGGGGAGCCCGUCGCCGGCGCCGGGGAGAGUGAGAGGCGCAGCGCCAGGUCAUCGCGGCAGGCGGAGAUCGGCGCACGAGCGGUUGUACGAGGCGCGGCGGGCGGAGGCAGAGGAGAUGCGGCGGCGGACGUACCUGCCGUACCGGCAAGGCCUUCUAAUCUUCGGCUGUAUCGGCCUCGGUUCCCGCAGCUACGGCGCCGUCCACGGCCUCUCGCGGGGGCUCAACGCCGCCACCGCUGUGUCCUCCAAGUCGUAACUCGCGACCGGAGCACGGACCACGACGACAUUGCUGGCUGCUGUUCUUGGAGCUCAGCUCAGUUCAGUUUGGAGCUGCUUGUCACUGUCAAUGUUCAAGAAUUGCAAAAAAAAUGCAUAGAAAUUAGCUAGUAGAAGUUGUUCUUUUGCGUUAUGUAAACCAGCUUGUUUAUCUUGUGAAAAUUAGUGGGAAAAAGUUAGCAUUACUACUUCUCCCCUGCUUGUUCU